AGCUUCUAUUAGCAUAUCUUCUAAUGCUUUAUGUAUUUUAAAGCUUUCCAUUUCACGUAAAUGUCUUGUGUCUUAGCUGUUUCCUUAGUGAUUAAAAGUUCCAGUUGUUCCUUUCAAUCUAUAACAGCUGCAAGAACAACUCUUCUUUCCAAACUAGCUCUCCUAAAUUCCGUUGUUAAGAGUUGGUAUCUAUAUUUAGCCAGUGGGAUUAAAUUGCAAAGGCUUGAAGCUGGGCAAAGCACACCGAUCUGCCUUUUUACGGCUAGACCUGUGUGCUGCAAGGAGCUAAGGCCUUCAGUGUCCCCUUCCUUACCCAGGUUGCUCACAAAAUGGAUUCCCAGCGGGAACUCGCAGAGGAACUGCGGCUUUACCAAUCUACCCUUCUUCAGGAUGGUCUAAAAGAUCUCCUGGAUGAGAAAAAAUUCAUCGAUUGCACCCUAAAAGCAGGUGACAAAAGUCUUCCUUGCCACAGAUUGAUUUUGUCAGCCUGUAGCCCUUACUUCCGUGAGUAUUUUUUAUCCGAAAUUGACGAGGAGAAGAAAAAGGAGGUAGUGCUAGAUAAUGUGGAUCCUGCUAUACUUGAUCUAAUCAUCAGAUACCUGUACUCUGCCAGUAUUGAUCUCAACGAUGGAAAUGUGCAAGAUAUUUUUGCAUUGGCCAGCCGCUUUCAGAUCCCCUCAGUGUUCACUGUCUGCGUUUCUUAUCUUCAGAAAAGACUUGCUCCUGGUAACUGUUUAGCCAUCCUAAGAUUAGGACUUCUUCUUGACUGCCCAAGACUGGCCAUCUCUGCCCGUGAAUUUGUGUCUGAUCGCUUCCUACAGAUUUGUAAGGAAGAGGACUUUAUGCAACUUUCUCCACAAGAACUGAUCUCAGUCAUUUCAAAUGACAGCCUAAAUGUAGAAAAGGAAGAAGAAGUAUUUGAGGCCGUGAUGAAAUGGGUACAAACAGACAAAGAAAACAAAGUUAAAAACUUUAGUGAAGUGUUUGAUUGCAUCCGUUUUCGCCUUAUGUCAGAAAAAUAUUUUAAAGAUCAUGUUGAGAAAGAUGAUAUAAUUAAAAGCAAUCCUGAACUCCAGAAAAAAAUCAAAGUUCUAAAAGAUGCCUUUGCAGGCAAACUCCCAGAACCCAGCAAAAAUGUAGAGAAGACUGGGGCUAGUGAGGUGAAUGGUGAUGUUGGUGAUGAAGAUUUACUUCCUGGUUACCUGAAUGACAUUCCCAGACAUGGAAUGUUUGUCAAAGACCUCAUCCUUUUGAUUAAUGACACAGCUGCAGUGGCUUAUGAUCCCACAGAAAAUGAAUGCUACCUUACUGCACUAGCUGAGCAGAUUCCCAGAAAUCAUUCCAGCAUUGUUACCCAACAAAAUCAGGUGUACGUGGUAGGAGGGCUAUAUGUGGAUGAAGAAAAUAAGGAUCAGUCUCUACAGUCUUAUUUCUUCCAGCUUGAUAACAUAGCAUCUGAGUGGGUUGGACUUCCUCCUCUGCCUUCAGCCAGGUGUCUCUUCGGUCUGGGAGAGGUAGAUGACAAAAUCUAUGUAGUUGCAGGCAAAGACCUUCAAACAGAGGCUUCGCUGGAUUCAGUGUUAUGCUAUGAUCCUGUGGGUGUAAAAUGGAGUGAAGUAAAAAAACUUCCUAUCAAAGUCUAUGGCCAUAGUGUGAUAUCACAUAAUGGGAUGAUAUAUUGUCUAGGAGGAAAGACAGAUGACAAAAAGUGCACAAACAGGGUGUUUAUCUACAACCCCAAAAAAGGAGACUGGAAAGAUCUGGCUCCAAUGAAAAUCCCUCGUUCCAUGUUUGGAGUGGCAAUCCAUAAAGGCAAAAUUAUGAUUGCAGGAGGUGUCACUGAAGAUGGUCUUUCAGCCUCAGUUGAAGCUUUUGACCUCACAACCAAUAAGUGGGGAGUAAUGCCUGAAUUUCCUCAAGAAAGAAGUUCUCUCAGUUUAGUCAGCCUGGCUGGAUCCCUGUAUGCCAUCGGUGGUUUUGCUAUGAUUCAACUGGAGUCAAAAGAGUUUGCACCCACCGAAGUCAAUGACAUAUGGAAGUAUGAAGAUGAUAAAAAAGAAUGGGCUGGGAUGUUGAAGGAAAUCCGUUAUGCUUCAGGAGCUAGUUGCCUAGCAACACGUUUAAAUCUCUUCAAACUGUCUAAACUAUAGACAAGAAGGUGACAAAACAUAGUAGAUUGGGAGGUCAUUUGUUUGUUUAAUAUGGCUUUAAUUCAUUCUGUUUUUUUUUAAGCCUGUACAGAGUUUCAUUUAGAAAUCUAUUAUUCACUGAGUUAUUGUCUAAGAGGUUAGCAGUGGGUAUCAAUAAAUCUUCAAUGUUAUGUUCAUAGUUUAAAAAGGUUUCUAGUAAGAAAACAUUAAGUCGAACAAAUUAUUUCCUUUGUUAAUAUGUCUCAACUAUAAAGGAGGUCCUAAAUUUAAGUUGUUUACUAAUCACUUCAUUUGCAUUGUUAGGGUGCCUUUAUACUCGUUUUCUAUUACAAAUGAAAUUGGAGAAUGAAAUAUGUACAUCUGCAUCUAGAAAAAUAAUAUUGAAAAUAUCAAAAACCUUCUCUAGUGCUUCAAGAUAUAACAGGAAUCCUGUGCAUUAUAGUAAAGAAGUUUACAUGCCAUGAGGAGACUUUGGAAAUAUUAUUUAAAGAGUGUAAUAAAUAGGUCUCAUUUGAAGGAGAAAAGUCUCCAAUAGUCAAAUUCAAGUGGUCUUUUUUUUCUCCAUUCUUUUUGCGACACUGGUGUAUUCUGUUUGUGAUUUCCCAAUCAAAUUUAAAAUCUGUAGAUCAGUCUUCAAACGAUUAACUACAGUAUCUGUGGUGGGCAGAUAGGGGAUGCAUCAAUAGGAAAUGAACUGAUUCUUUAAAUGGCUGGAAUGGGAAUUGGGGGCAA